UAGAUUCUUCUGAUCAUACUACCUCUUCUCAAAGUAUAUCAGGAAAAUCCAGAUCCUCUAUUUCAACCACUCCCCUUUAUGGCAUAUCAAAUAGAAACUCAUCGCUUCCGAAUAAAUCAUACUUGCACUAUAAGCCAGGUUUAACAAUGCAGGUAACCUCUCCUGUCGUAUCCAGUAAUGUAUUUAAUACACCUGCGCAAAAGCCAUCCACACUACCAGUAUCAAACACUUUAUCAUCUAUAACUACAAACAAUUCAAAAUCUCAACCACGUCCAGCGUCAUCCACAUCUUCGAACAAUGUCAAGCCUGUACAAAACCCUCCCAGUAAUAACAAAACAAGUACUCCGAUGUUUCAUACACCAAUGCAGGCAUCUAGCAGUCUUCCUACUGUCCAUUCACCGCCACCGCCACUAUCUUCACAAAAGAAACAGCAACCUACAACUAGCAUAACCCAAUUCCAUGUACCGCCUACAAACAAUAACAACACUAACCAGCAUCAUAUGCCACAGCCUCACCCCACUCAAACCUAUCCGUCAGCUAUCGACAGUACAUCGCAGAUCCAACGUCCACCAGUGACACCGAUCAGCUACCCCAAAAAGGAACCUUAUCACAUCAAAACAAACAAUUCCACCACGCAGAGCGUACCUCUAGCUUUAUCCAUGCCUGAGCCAUUUGCACAUUCAAUUCGCACGCAAAGCGAACCCAUUGUCCUACCUCUGUCACAGCCGCAGUACAUUAAGCCUGUUGAACCAGUUCAAACGCAUGCUCAAAAUAUGACUACACCAUAUCAACCAAAGCAAGCAUCAGUACAUCCUGUGAUGACAUUGAACACAAGCAAUCCAUACUACAAGACAUCAGAUUCAUUCUUGUCAUUAAAGCCAAAUCAAGAAGAAAAGCUUGAACAAGAUGUACCAUUUGCACCCAAAAAGGCAAUUAUUGAUGAUCAUGGCGACGACGAAAGCAGCGCAAGUAGUAAAUACGAUUUUUCUGACAUGGUCUAUGUGAAAAACAGUAAAAAGAUGAUGGCUGAAAGCUCAGAUAAUCCAUUUGAUGAUACGAAUGCAGUGAAAGAGAUACAGAUAGUCGAUCCUACGCUUCACAUAUACCCAUUAGCAACCGAAGAGAAGGUUGAACAAAAAAAUGAAGCUGUAGUGGUUACAAGCAAGGAAAAGACCGAGCAAACGUGGACCAGAGGAUAUGUUGAGAAGGAAAGUACAGAGAGACCAUAUGCUGAAAAAGAAAGCACAGAUAGAUCAUAUGUUGAGAAGGAAAGUACAGACAGACCAUACGUUGAGAAGGAAAGUGCAGAUAGACCAUAUGCUGAAAAGGAAUCAAAGGAAAUCGAACCUGUUCGUCCGUUAGUGCGGCCAGAUAAUGAUGAUAAUGACGAUGAUAUGCCAAAACAAGUGUUUCCUACCAACAUACUGAGGGCAGGCGCACCAGUUCCUUCGAAUGAAUAUGGAUACUAUUCUGUGGAUAAGGAUUUACCUACAGUGCCACAAUCAGGUAUAUUACAAGAAAAAAACAAGAAAAAAAAAAUCUAAUGUUUAUUUUUUGCAUAGCAAACAAAGAAGAUCGACAUAUCACUGUUGCAAGCGUCAAUCCUGGACAAAGAGUCUGGAUUCGUAUUCACCCAACCGAUACAGGCAAAACACUAGCAGAGCGUAUUCAUAUCGUAGCCACAUAUCAGACACGAAAAAUCACCAAGAUUACUACCAAAAAUGGGCGUAACAUACCACUAGACAACACGCCCCUUUUUGCCGAUUGGAAUGAAAUCUUGAGCUUUGAAGAAGGUGAACCAUGGACAUUUGAAUGGGCCUAUAUGGAUCAUCCUUAUUUAGAGAAAUUAGCUGGUGGUAAAGAAUGGGUCAAACAUUUAAAAUCAAAAGUCUUGUAAAUAAAGUAUAUGUGUGUAUAAAAAGCAUUUCUCUUUUUUA